UACAAAUGCCUUGUAAUACUGUAACCUUGGUUUGAUUCCUCCAGUGUACUUUAUCCGGAGAAAGAAAAUCCCCAGUGAUUUUUAUCCACCAACAAAAAUUCACUAGGUUUUCUAUCCGGGUCCAGUGUAAAACAUCCACCAGUCAUUAUAAGGUUCUAAAAAGGGUUUUUUGAAGGGGAAAUAUAUAUAAAAUGUGGCUUAAUAGUUUUUAGUGUAUUUGAAACUUGCAUAGCUCAGAUUUAUAUAAAAAGUGGAGAGUUUUCAUCCAAGGAAUGUUCACACUAGUGUUUUUGAACCAGGAAUGAUUACACUAGUGAUUUUGUACCGGAAUGAUUGCACUAGUUAUUUAAUACCGGGAUUAAUUACACUAGUGCUUUAGAUCCAUACAUUGAUGAAGUGAUUAGUACUCAUUUUGAACACACGAUAACACAAUAAUGCUUAUUAACGAAUAAGAUUUAAAUAAUUUUUCUAUGCAAAUCUAUAAAAUCAUAUGCUUCUAAAUUGUCACUAAUUGUAAUAUUUAUAUUUAUUGGAUUGCUGAAGUUUUUCUGUGUAUUUGCCCUUUUGUCGACUUGGAUAUAAAAUCAUAUCUUCUUUGUCAAUAUCAAAGGAUGCUUCUAUAAUUGAAACUUUAGGUAAGAACAAAUCUGCUCUUUAAAUUUGGUUUAUAUCAAGUUCAAUGUCCUGAUCAUUGAUAAAGUAUUUUGAGUUAUAAAAACAUCCUCCUCGUCAUCAUCAAUAUUAUUUACUACAUUGACUCAGAUUAGUUAAACUGGUUCCUUGAAAAUUAUUUUAAUAUAUUUAUUUAUAUAAACAAUAAACCGAUCUAAUAUAAACAAAACAACAAUAUCAAGAUAGAUGCUUUCACACUAUUUACAUCCAAUAUUCUCUUAGUGAAAACCUGUAAUAAAUACACGGCGGAAUGAAAGUACGCUUACAAUACAACAGCUUAGAAUAAACAAAAGAAAAAUAUGAAGAAAGAAAGGAAGAGAAAAGUUCAAACAAAGACUAUUAAAGAUACAGACAAGACAAAGCUGGACAAGACAAAGCUGGACAAAGAAGAAAACAAUUCAUCAGUAUCUUCCAGUCAGCUUCCUAAUGAUGAAAAUAAGAAGAUAGUACCAGCCUUUGGGAAAAAACAGAAGCUGUCUUCAACUGUUGGAAGAGAACAAAAUAGUCAGGUUGAAACAAUACAAAGUCAACAUUUUGAAUCUGCUUCACCAAUAUGUUCUGUGACAGAUACUGAUCAGCAAUUGCAGGAAGAUGAGAAUGAAAAUGUUCUUUUUGAAGAUAAAAUACCUGUUGGCACAUCAAAUAAGAUAACUGUUAAUUUAGACCAGAAACCUGAAAUGAAUAGUAAAAAUUGUAAACAUUUACUAAGUUCUGACUGUGCAGAUCAGUUAGUUCUACCGGUACCUUCCAAUAGUAGCGAUGCUAUGAUUGAAACUGACAUUGAAAUUUCCUAUGCACCCAACAUAGAUAGUAGUCCAGUGUCAGAUACACCAGUAGGUCAUCCUGAUGAAUUGUCACUUAAUCCAAAUAAAAUUACAGACGACUUUGAUGACAGACCUUUUUUAAAAUCUAGAUCUCCAUUGGAAAGGUCAACAUAUACGAAUAAGUUGAUAGUUUAUCCCUCUGAAAUUGUUUCUACAGAUCAUGCAAACAUCUUGUCUAAAGAUGAAUGCUGCAAAAUGGUUCCAACAGAAGUUGAGAAUAAACCCGAGUAUAGUGGAAAUAUUGUUUUAUCUGAAGCUAAAGAUGAAAUUGGAUAUUUGUCAACUAUAAGUAUGAAAGAAAUAAGUAGAGAGGAAAAAGACAAUUGGUCAGAAUGUGUUGUCUCCCAAAAUAAAUCUUGCUCACAGGUUUCAGAAAAUGAAGUUGGACAUUUUGAGGAGACACAAGUUCUCAUACCUGAAGAAACCAUAGAGGAUGAACUGACACAGGUAUUUGCACAGCUUGAAGAUGAACAUAAAGAUAAAAGUAGAGAAUCAGAAGAAAUAACAGAUUCACAGUUAUGUACUAUAGAUUGGGUUGAAGAGUUCACAUUACCAGAAAAGAUAGAAAGGAAGCCUUUUCUUCAUGAUGGUAUAACUGUUGUUCAAGGUCUUAUCAGAGAAUUAUCUCAGCUCAACACAAUGAUACUUAGGACCAAAAGAGAGUUAGAGACAACCAGGCGACAGUUACUUCAAGGCCAGGCAACAACAAGGAUUGGUCAAGUACAACAUCAAGGCCAGACAUCAGAACAUACAACUAUUAGGAAUAGAAAUCAGCCUCUCAGGACAUUUAAUAGACAUUGAUCUGCAUUAGGAGAGACCAAAUACCGGUAUAUCCAUAAAGGAAAUAAAGAUUUUUGUGAAAUUGGUCCUUUUUAAAAUAGAUUGAAAAACAUCUUCUCUUUUUAAAAUACCAAAAAAACUGGCAGGAAUAUUAGAGCCUCCUAUGUGAUAAUGUGCAGUUAUGAAGUACUUAUAAUAGACCAUUGAUAUUUGAUACAUAUUGAGCAAUAGCAUUAAUUCAUGUAAAUUUCAAGCAAUAUAUUAUGCCUAACCUUUUCAAUUCUCUUCAGUGAACAUUGAAUCUUUGUAAAAGAUUUCCAAUGUUUCUGUUUACUUUAUGUUUUUAUGAUGAUUAGUUUAUGACAGACUUUUGAUACACUAAUGGUAUAUCAUUGUAUAAAAAUCUCAGUAUCUUAUUUUGAAGAAGAUUGUAGGGCCUACCUCAAUUGAGUCGCAUUUCACUUAAUUUGACGUUUUAUAUAUUUUAGUGUUGAGUUCCUUGUUAGAUGUAGUAAAAAGUGAUAUGGCAGUGCAAAGUAGGAAAGACGAAUGUCUUAAUAUUUUUGUUGUUGCAAUAGAACAGAAAAUUUGUUAUAUCAAAAUUUUGUAAAGUACCCCAAAAAAUGAAACAUAAUAUAUUUACAACAAUGUGAUUUAGUAUGCUACUGUUAAUGAUUCUUAUUCAUAAUGCUUGGAAAUGUACCACUGUAGAAAAUAUUUAAGAAACAGGGUGAGAUCUUUUUACUUCAAACACUGGCAUAAAAGAGUGCACAAUUUAUUUUGUGAAAAAUUGCUAAGAUCUGCCUCAAUCAGAUAAAAAAAAUUCUAGGUAAAGGCUUACCCAAGCAGCCAAGCUUUGUGUUGACGGACUUCUGGUUAAAAGUUAUUCCUUUAUUUUACAAGUUUACAUUGGUUGUUUUGUGACUGUUAUGUUAUGGUUUACUUUUAUGUUAAAUUGUUGUUUUCUUGACACUUGUUAUUUUAUUAUUUUCAUCCAAUAAAAUUUAUAGCUA